AGUUUAUGUGCACUUUAACUAAUUUUAGAAACCCUAAAAUUAUCGUCCCGUGACCACCCUCUUAGUAUCCACAGCAUUUAAAUGUGUAUAGAAUGUUAAUGAAUUAAGAAAAUCUCGUAACAGAAAAGUUGAUGUACUUUAGUUAAUAUAUGUUAACAAGUUUAUUAAUUUACAGAAAGAAAGAAAGAUACAGCCUAAAACAGCGGGGAAUUGUUUAGCUCCAUCCCGCCAAAAACAAAGAAUCCUGCAAAUAAACGAUGUCGUUUCUGAAUUUGUGCCACAGCAAAUGAAUUUUCAUGUCACACUGUCAGAGCUCACUACUUGAUUUGCCCUAACGAAGGAUUGCACUUCAUUGCUCGCCAAAUGGCCGACAAGAAAAAGAAACAAAAACGACGGCGACGCGACCCGUCGUCGGACGACGAAGCCGUACUCCCCUUCAAGGACAUCUUGAGGCCCGACUCUGAACUUCUCGAAACCCUCAAACAACUUGUGGAGGCCCAUAACGCAGUCUCCGACUCCGCCUCCGCCUCCACCUCUUCAUCCAAACCUUUAACUCUUUCGGACCUUAAUCUCUCCGCCACUUGUCGCGAAGUCGCCGACCUCUCUCUCUCCUCCGUCCAAUCGGCGAUCGAAACCCUAAUCCUCCAAGUAGCUCACUCCAUUGUAUCCGGUAACGGUUUCUCCUUCCAAGUCCCCUCACGCGCCUCCACCAACCAGCUCUACGUCCCCGAACUCGACCGCAUCGUUUUGAAAGACAAAUCUACCCAACGUCCCUUCGCACAUGUGUCAUCCGUACGGAAGUCCACCAUCACCGUCAAAAUCCUCUCGCUUAUUCACCAACUCUGCUUGAAGAGCAUCCACGUCACUAAGCGAGAUCUCUUCUACACGGACGUCAAGCUCUUCCAAGACCAGACCCAAUCCGAUACCGUUUUGGAUGACGUGGCGUGUAUGCUGGGCUGCACGCGCUCCAGCCUCAACGUCAUUGCCUCGGAGAAAGGCGUGGUCGUUGGAAGACUUAUUUUCAGCGAUAAUGGCGACAUGAUUGAUUGUACCAAAAUGGGAAUGGGAGGUAAAGCAAUUCCUCCGAAUAUUGAUCGAGUUGGUGACAUGCAAAGUGAUGCACUGUUUAUACUUUUAGUUGAGAAAGAUGCUGCUUAUAUUAGGUUAGCUGAAGAUAGAUUUUACAAUCGAUUUCCUUGUAUUAUUGUUACUGCCAAGGGCCAGCCUGAUGUGGCAACAAGGUUGUUCUUGAGGAAGAUGAAGACGGAGUUGAAGUUACCUGUUUUAGCUUUAGUUGAUAGUGAUCCAUAUGGUUUAAAGAUUUUAUCAGUUUAUGGCUGUGGGUCUAAGAAUAUGUCGUAUGAUAGCGCGAAUUUAACAACACCAGAUAUUAAGUGGCUGGGGAUUAGGCCUAGUGAUUUGGAUAAGUAUAAGAUACCAGAGCAAUGUAGGCUGCCGAUGACUGAGCAGGAUAUUAAAACUGGGAAGGAUUUGUUGGAGGAGGAUUUUGUGAAGAAGAAUCCUGGCUGGGUUGAGGAGUUGAAUUUGAUGGUGAAGACUAAGCAGAAGGCAGAGAUUCAGGCCUUGAGCACGUUUGGGUUUCAAUACUUGUCUGAGGUUUAUUUGCCCUUGAAGUUGCAGCAGAAGGAUUGGCUAUGAAAUGGUAUGAAAACUGCAUAAAUGUUGAGUGAUUUCUAAAUUUAUGUUUACUCAUCUUCGAAGUUAGCAAUAACAUUGAUUGCAAUCAUAUGUUGACUAUUUGUGUAUUAUCUUGGAUUCAUAUGCCUAUGAAAUAUAUAGGUCUUUGAUGCUCGCUUAUCUUUAUCAGUCAUGUUAUAUUAUUCAUGGAAGUAGUUUCAAUAUACUUGACUUUUACUAAUUCUUGUUGAGUUGAUUGUA